AUGGGUCACGGACCGACCACAGCAGGAACCCCACAGGGCAGCGUGCUGAGCCUCUACACCCACGACUGCACCCCCAACCCCAUAAUCACACAGGCAGACGACACCACUUUACAGGAGCUGGGCUGGUUUGAGACAAUGAGGGGACGGGCCGCAGGCGUGAAGUGGAACAUCAUGGCUGAGUUCAGGAGAACAAAGCAGAGAAAACAAAGAAGAAGACAGGGACUCAAACGUUACAGCUGUCAGCACUGCAACAAAUCCUUCACAACAUCUGGAUCUUUAAAGAUUCAUCAGAGAGUUCACACUGGAGAGAAACCGUACAGCUGUGACCAGUGUGGGAAAACUUUCACUCAAUCAGGUCACCUAGAAACUCACAGACGUGUUCACACUGGAGAGAAACCGUACAGCUGUGACCAGUGUGGGAAGGCGUUCACUACAUCAAGUGAACUAAAAAUCCACCGACGUGUUCACACUGGAGAGAAACCAUACAGCUGUGACCAGUGUGGGAAAACUUUCACUCGAUCAGGUCACCUAGAAACUCACAGACGUGUUCACACUGGAGAGAAACCGUACAGCUGUGACCAGUGUGGGAAAACUUUCACUCAAUCAGGUCACCUAGAAACUCACAGACGUGUUCACACUGGAGAGAAACCGUACAGCUGUGACCAGUGUGGGAAGGCGUUCACUACAUCAAGUGAACUAAAAACCCACCGACGUGUUCACACUGGAGAGAAACCGUACUGGUGUGAACAGUGUGGGAAGGCGUUCACUACAUCACGUGAACUAAAAAUCCACCGACGUGUUCACACUGGAGAGAAACCGUACAGCUGUGACCAGUGUGGGAAAACUUUCACUCAAUCAGGUCACCUAGAAACUCACAGACGUGUUCACACUGGAGAGAAACCUUACAGCUGUGACCAGUGUGGGAAGGCGUUCACUACAUCAAGUGAACUAAAAAUCCACCGACGUGUUCACACUGGAGAGAAACCAUACAGCUGUGACCAGUGUGGGAAAACUUUCACUCGAUCAGGUCACCUAGAAACUCACAGACGUGUUCACACUGGAGAGAAACCGUACAGCUGUGACCAGUGUGGGAAAACUUUCACUCAAUCAGGUCACCUAGAAACUCACAGACGUGUUCACACUGGAGAGAAACCGUACAGCUGUGACCAGUGUGGGAAGGCGUUCACUACAUCAAGUGAACUAAAAAUCCACCGACGUGUUCACACUGGAGAGAAACCGUACUGGUGUGAACAGUGUGGGAAGGCGUUCACUACAUCAAGUGAACUAAAAAUCCACCGACGUGUUCACACUGGAGAGAAACCGUACUGGUGUGAACAGUGUGGGAAAACUUUUACUACGCCAAGUGACCUAAAUAAACAUCAACGUGUUCACACUGGAGAGAAACCUUAUAGCUGCGGCCAAUGUGGGAAAAUGUUUACACGGAGCAGUAACCUUAAAGUCCACCAACGCAUUCAUGCUGCCUUAUCGUAGACAUUUUCAGAGCAAUGCUAGCUGGUUCCUCCUGCCUCCCCGAUACAUUAUCAUGUGACUGUGAUGGAGUAGU